CCUUCCCUCCCUUCCACGGUCCUGGAGGUGGAAAUGUGGAGAUUUCAGGCACGCAGGCUGAGUGGAUUCGUCUCUGCUUUGGCAGCUCUUUGUCUCGCCUGCUGCGCCCAAAGCCCAGCCACUGGGAAUAUAUCGGUGGUUAAAGACAUCGUGGACAAACUGCUGAAAGGGUACGAUGUCCGUCUCCGGCCUGACUUUGGAGGUAACCCUGUUACUGUGGGAAUGAGCAUCCAUAUCUCAAGCAUUGAUCAGAUUUCCGAAGUGAACAUGGACUACACCAUCACCAUGUAUUUCCAGCAAAGUUGGCGAGAUAAACGUCUAGCGUAUAGUGAUCUAGCUCUGAAUCUCACUCUGGAUAAUCGGGUGGCUGACCAGCUCUGGCUCCCUGACACGUACUUCCUGAAUGACAAGAAGUCCUUCCUGCAUGGGGUGACAGUCAAGAACCGGAUGAUUCGGCUUCACCCAGAUGGGACUGUUCUUUACGGCUUGAGAAUCACCACCACAGCCGCUUGCAUGAUGGAUCUCCGGAGAUACCCCCUUGACCAACAAAAUUGCACUUUGGAAAUUGAGAGCUAUGGCUACACAGUCGAUGACAUAGUAUUCUUCUGGCAAGGAAAUAAUUCAGCUGUGACCGGGAUGGAGGUGCUGGAGCUGCCCCAGUUCACCAUCAUUGAGCAAAGGCUUGUCACCAGAGAAGUGGUCUUUACCACAGGUUCCUACCUUCGCUUGUCUCUCAGCUUCCGAAUCAAACGGAACAUUGGUUACUUCAUCCUGCAGACAUAUAUGCCUUCUAUUCUCAUCACUAUUCUUUCCUGGGUCUCUUUCUGGAUCAAUUACGAUGCCUCUGCAGCCCGGGUUGCGCUAGGAGUCACCACAGUCCUCACCAUGACCACCAUCAACACACACCUACGGGAAACCCUGCCCAAAAUUCCCUAUGUCAAAGCCAUUGAUGUCUAUCUCAUGGGCUGCUUUGUCUUUGUAUUCCUGGCACUCCUGGAGUAUGCAUUUGUCAACUACAUUUUCUUUGGACGAGGCCCUCGGCAGCAGAAGAAACAGAGCGAGCGGCUCAGCAAGGCAAACAAUGAAAAGCACCGAUAUGAGGAGAAGCGGGUGGACCCUUAUGGCAACAUUCUUCUCAGCACUCUGGAAAUGAACAAUGAAUUACUAGCUUCUGACAUGAUGACCACAGUAGGAGAAUCACGAAACUCCGUCAUGUCCUUUGAAGGAUCAGGAAUCCAGUUCCGCAAGCAGCUGGCCCCCCGAGAUGGCUUUGGACACCACCCACCUGUAGAACGCCACAUCCCACUGGCCCACCAUGCUGCAGCCCGUAAUCGUGCCAACUGCCGACUCCGCCGGCGAUCAUCCAAGCUGAAGCUCAAAAUUCCUGACCUGGCAGAUGUCAGCACCAUUGACAAAUGGUCAAGGAUCAUUUUCCCUAUCACUUUUGGAUUCUUCAACCUGGUUUACUGGUUGUACUAUGUAAAUUGA